AUGGGUCCUAAGAAGGACGGUUUGAUAGAUGAAGCUCGUUGUAACCCUUUCCCUGGUGUUGGAGGAACUCCGUUCGGAAAGUGGUCUUCCGUAUUGCAACUGCUCUCCGAGCACGCCCUAGGCGGCGAGGUUUGGAUUGCGACGGAUCGAGUCUCCGGUGUGCCUGAUGAUGCGACCGUCUCGGUUCUCGACGCAACAGAGUGUUCUGUGAAUCGAGGAGAAAGAGGUCUCCGAAUUCAAAUGUCCCCAGCAACAAGAGUAUCUCUUGAUGGCCGAGUCAGCCGGACACAGAACUCUAGAGGAAUUAAUUUCCAAGCAAGAGUCUGUGGGGGCGACGGCGGUGCUGAUCUGCUAUUGGAAGCAUCGGUCUUUUGGGAGAUCAUGGGACGCGAGCAAAUUCGAUUAUCAAAGAGGGCGCCCAUAAUUCAAGAAACUAUUAGGCUGGAUAAUUUCAGAUCUAAUAGUUGGUUAGCAAAAACUAGUCCGGCGGAUGUGGCACGCGUUGAAAAACAUACGUUCAUCAGUACAGACAAGAAGAGAGAUACUGUUCCUACGCCACGAAAAGGAAUUAUAGGAGAUCUUGGAAACUGGAUUUCUCCGAGAGAUAUGGAUCAAGCUAUUUUGGAACGUUUUCCGGGGUGUAUGAAAGGACGUACAAUGUACGUGAUACCCUUUAGUAUGGGACCUGUAGGUUCUUCGCUUUCGAAAAUCGGUAUAGAAAUUACCGAUUCAGCUUAUGUAGUUUGCUCAAUGAGAAUAAUGACUAGGAUGGGAGAAAAGAUACUUGAAAUCUUAGGAAAUGAUGAUUUCAUUAAAUGUUUACACUCAAUGGGUGUUCCGAAAUACAAUUCCAAAGUCAAUACAAAUCAUUCUUGGCCAUGCGACCCCGAGAGGACAAUUAUCCUUCACAAACCCGCCAAAAAUGAGAUUGUAUCUUAUGGAAGUGGUUAUGGCGGAAAUUCUUUAUUAGGAAAAAAGUGCUUUGCGCUCCGAAUUGGUUCGACAAUAGCUAAGAAGGAGGGAUGGCUUGCCGAACAUAUGCUCAUAUUAGGUAUUACAAAUCCUAAAGGCAAAAAACGUUACAUUGCUGCCGCUUUUCCAAGUGCUUGUGGUAAAACAAAUUUGGCUAUGAUGCAGCCUACUUUACCGGGUUAUAAAAUCGAAUGCGUAGGAGACGAUAUCGCAUGGAUGAAAUUCGAUGAUAAAGGAUACUUACGUGCUAUUAACCCAGAGAAUGGAUUUUUCGGGGUCGCUCCUGGCACGAGCUCAGCUACGAAUCCUAAUGCUAUGAAAACUAUUUUCAAAAAUACCAUUUUCACUAAUGUAGCAUCUACUAGUGAUGGAGGAGUAUAUUGGGAAGGAAUGGAAAAAGAACUUGAAGAUAAUAUUAAGGUAGUAGAUUGGAGAGGCAACGAUUGGUUCAGAGAUUCUAAAAUACCAGCAGCUCAUCCAAAUUCAAGAUUUUGUACUCCUGCUAAACAAUGUCCUAUUAUUGAUCCUUAUUGGGAAGAUCCAGCUGGCGUUCCAAUCGACGCUAUACUAUUCGGAGGUCGAAGACCGCAAGGUGUACCUUUAGUUUAUCAAGCCCGAAACUGGCAACAUGGUGUCUUUAUCGGUGCUGCAAUGAGAUCCGAGGCUACAGCCGCUGCAGAACAUAAAGAUAAAAUAAUUAUGCACGAUCCGUUUGCAAUGAGACCUUUUUUUGGAUAUAACUUUGGACACUAUCUCGCUCACUGGUUAAGUAUGGAACAUGUGAAGAACGCCAAACUGCCAGCGAUAUUUCAUGUAAAUUGGUUUAGAAAAAAUUUGGACGGAAAAUUUUUAUGGCCAGGAUUUGGUGAAAAUUCUCGUAUCCUUGAUUGGAUUCUUCGAAGAAUCGACGGCGAAGAUAUUGCCGAAGAUUCAGCUAUUGGAUUAUUGCCAAAACCAGGAUCUAUCAAUUUGGAAAAUCUCAAUAGUGAAGUGAACAUGACAGAAUUGUUCAGAUUGCCAAAAAUUUUUUGGCAAAAAGAAGUUAAAGAUUUGAAAGAAUAUUUUGAUUCUCAAGUCGGAAGCGAUUUACCAAAAGCUAUAUCAGUGGAAUUCUCUCGUCUUUCUCAAAAUGUUAAUAAUCUUUAAUUCUCUGAUUUUAUUACAUUUUAAUGUAUAAAUAUAAUAUUUGGAAUUUUGUAAUG